GGUGAUACUUUAGUUACAAUCGAUGAGCGACACCGACACGUCGUAACCACCCCAAGUCCGUGGUCUACAUUAGGCUUCGCUCUUGGUGUUGGACUCUCUGUGGGUUUGGAUACACGCAUGAUGACGUGUACCCACCAUUAUAUUUCAUGCCAGAGUAUUUUCACUGCCCUGGAACUCCUCUGCUCCACCUGUUCGUCUCUCUCCCCGCAGACGCUCCUGGCAAUGACUGAUCUCGUUGCUGUGUCUGUAGUGCUGCCUCUUCCGAACGGGGAACAGCUGGAAUCAUAUGCUGUGUAGCCUUCCCAGAUGACAGUGGAGUCCCGUGUAAAACCCGCCCACUGUGCCCUGCCUUUGCGCUGCUUGACGGAGGGAGGCCAGCUGUGUUAAUGCCUAGACUUCUUGAGUAACAGAUCAGCCAGUCGCUCGAUGGGGAGCAAAGGCGGACCGCCUUGUGGUGUCACCUCCCCACCCCUCUGUAGCAGGAGAAAGAACUUCAGCACCUCCUCAGUCAUAAUGAUGAAACUGGUAUUAACUGAAUGGCAAUUAUGGAUUUUUAACUCUAGUUCACAGUAAACCAGCAAGCCAUAUGUUUAAAAUCCAACCAAAAAUCGUUCUGUUUGCUGCAAGUCGCAUCCGAUUGUGAGAAGUUGCGAGCCACCUGUUCGUACAAAGAGGAAUAUAAGUAUUACUUGCUGGCGGAGCACAACAGAAGCAGAAAGAGAAGACGUCUUAAUUUAUCCUUAAAAAUAUAUGAUAGUAUUAUUUAUAUAGUUAGAGUAAAUAUAUAUAUAUAUAUAUAUAUACAUAUAUAUAUAUACACACACACAUAUAUAUUUUUGGUGGUGAUGAGAAUGGCUCCGCAGAAUGCCGACUCGGAAUCUAUGCAAGUUCAGGAGCUGCCCGUGCCCCUGCCGGACCUGCAGAAGCCCAGGAGCUCGGAGCCGGAGCCGCGGGACGAGACCGUCAGCGAGGGCUCCAUCGACCGGAUCCCUGUGCGCCUGUGGGUCAUGCACGGGGCCGUGAUGUUCGGCCGCGAGUUCUGUUAUGCCAUGGAGACGGCCCUGGUCACGCCAAUCCUGCUGCAGAUCGGCCUUCCCGAGCAGUACUACAGCCUCACCUGGUUCCUGAGCCCUAUCCUCGGCCUCAUCUUCACGCCCCUCAUCGGCUCCGCGAGCGACCGCUGCACCCUGAGCUGGGGCCGCCGGCGGCCUUUCAUCCUCGUCCUCUGCGUGGGCGUGCUCUUGGGCGUGGCACUUUUCCUGAACGGCUCUGCCAUCGGUCUGUCCCUGGGCGAUGUCCCCAACCGGCAGCCCAUUGGCAUCGUCCUCACGGUGCUGGGGGUGGUGGUCCUGGAUUUCAGCGCGGACGCGACUGAGGGGCCCAUCCGUGCCUACCUGCUGGACGUCGUGGACAGUGAGGAGCAGGACAUGGCCCUUAACAUCCACGCCUUCUCUGCUGGCCUCGGUGGGGCCAUCGGCUACGUGCUGGGGGGGCUGGACUGGACGCAGACCUUCCUGGGUGCCUGGUUCCGGACACAGAACCAGGUGCUCUUCUUCUUCGCGGCCAUCGUGUUCACGGUGUCGGUGACCCUGCACCUGUUCAGCAUCGAGGAGGAACAGUACAGCCCCCAGCAGGAGCGCAGCGUGGAGGCCGCCGCCCACCCCGCCGCCCUGGCCGGCGGCACCCUGUUUCCCGACGAGGUGCAGUCGGAGCACGAGCUGGCCCUGGAUUACCUGGACGUGGACCUGGUACGCAGCAAGAGCGACUCGGUGCUGCAUGUGCCGGACGCCGCGCUGGGCCUGGAGUCCGAGCUGCUGUUCCUGCACGACAUCGAGCCCUCCAUCUUCCACGACGCCUCCCACCCCAGCACCCCCUGCAGCACCAGCCAGGACCUCGCCAAGGCCACGCCGCCCAGCCUGUCCUUACUACUCAGGGAGACCGCCAAAGAGGACACCACACUGCUCGAUAAUCACUUGAACGAAGCCAAAGUCCCCAACGGCAGCGGCUCCCCGCCGAGAGCCGGCCCCAGCGGCUGCCCCCAGGUGGACGGCAGGCCCCCCGCGGCGCCCGGCGCCCUGCGUCGGCGCCGGCACGUGUUCCGCCGGCAGGCAUCCAGCACCUUCUCCUACUACGGCAAGGUGGGCUCACACCGCUACCGCUGCCGGCGCGCCAACGCCGUGGUGCUGAUCAAGCCCUCGCGCAGCAUGAGCGACCUGUACGACCUGCAGGUGCGGCAGCGGCAGCGCGCCCGGCACCGCAACCAGAGCGGGGCCACCAACUCCAGCGGGGACACGGAGAGCGAGGAGGGUGACAGCGAGACCACCGUGCGGCUGCUGUGGCUGUCCAUGCUGAAGAUGCCCCGGGAGCUGAUGCGGCUGUGCGUCUGCCACCUGCUCACCUGGUUCUCCGUCAUUGCCGAGGCCGUCUUCUACACCGACUUCAUGGGCCAGGUCAUCUUCGAAGGGGACCCCAAGGCUCUCUCCAACUCAACCUCCUGGCAGGCCUACAACGACGGUGUGAAGAUGGGCUGCUGGGGCCUGGUCAUUUACGCGGCCACCGGUGCCAUUUGCUCAGCCCUGUUACAGAAGUACUUGGACAACUACGACCUGAGCAUCAGGGUCAUCUACGUGCUGGGGACGCUGGGCUUCUCCAUCGGCACAGCCGUGAUGGCCAUGUUCGCCAAUGUCUACGUCGCCAUGGUGAUGAUCAGCACCAUGGGUAUCGUGUCCAUGAGCAUCUCCUACUGCCCCUACGCCCUGCUCGGGCAGUACCACGACAUCAAGGAGUACGUCCACCACAGCCCCGGGAACUCCAAGCGCGGCUUCGGCAUAGACUGUGCCAUCCUGUCCUGCCAGGUCUACAUCUCCCAGAUCCUGGUGGCGUCCGCCCUGGGGGGCGUGGUCGACGCCGUGGGGACUGUGCGUGUCAUCCCCAUGGUGGCCUCCGUGGGCUCUUUCCUGGGCUUCCUGACGGCCACGUUCCUGGUGAUCUACCCAGAGGUGUCGGAAGAUGCCAAGGACGAGCAGAAGGGCCUGUCUUCCCAGCCCCUGGGCGAAGGCAGCAGUGAGAAGCCCACGGUCCUGAGGCUGACCCGGAAGGUGGGCCCGCGGGGGCCUGUGGAGACGGAGUCCAUGGUCUGAGCCUUGCUCCUGUGCGCACAUUCCGGCGGGGCGGCCGGCGGGGCGGGGUGGGGCGGACGCUGCCCGGCCAGCUGGUUGCUGCUGCUUCAGUGGCAGCGCAAAACGGAGCCCCUUCACCAGACGGAGCGGGGACUCAGUAGUUAUAGGGUAGGUUCGAGCCACUAGGCAAAAAUACCACACUAAUGACCUUUUCCACAAUUAAAAGAAUCAUUUAAAAUCUUUUUUUUUUUUUUGAAUUGAAAAAGAUCUUUUAAUUUCGACUUUAUCUUUUAUUCUGCAGGUAUAUUAUUCUGCAUGUUUUUAAAUUGUAAACCAGAUUUACAAUGUAGACCAUAAGCAUUUUAGAAAAACAUAAGAUUUUGCAUUUCUGAAGUUAUACCUGAAAUCAAAAACUAUCUGAUGUUCUUUGCUGCAUCUUAUCUGAAUACUUCAGAUAAGAGUCGUGUAGUCAGUCAGUGACUAAAACGUUUUUACCAAAUUUUUUCUCUGUGGACGCCCACAAGUGUUUAUUUGGACGUUCUCACAGAUCUCGCCACGUUUUGUUGGUGCUGCAGCUGCUGGAGAGUAUUUUUCUUUAUGAUUAUUUUAGAAGAAAACAUUUUAUUUCCCAAACUGGAUUUUUUUUUUUUUUUUUUUUUUUUUAGAACAGCGUUUCCUCUGCUCAGAGUUUCACACAUCGUGCCCGUGGCAGCCCCGCUCCGGGGCAGCGGGCAGUGGUGGCGACCGCACACCAAAGAUGGGAGGAGGCGGGCCUGGGGCUCCUUGCAGGUAGAAGAGCGUGAUUGGCAAGGGGGGUUCCGGGCAGCCGCCCAGGGUGGCGUUUGAAUGAGCAGAUUCGGUCCCUGCCAGCAUGGCGUGUGUGUCUGCGCCCGGCCCCAGCACCGUCGUCCGAGGCUCCUGGGCGAGGCCGUGGAGUCUUUCAUUGCACUUUGAUUUGUCUUGCAACCAUCUGCUGGGGGAAACAUGAGGUAGGGCCGAGCUCCCGGCCGGGCCACCUCCGCGUGGGGGACAGCAACCCUGGCACGUGCGACCAUGCUGGACACUGCUGAACUCUUCUGACCUCAUGGCCUGCACCCCCUGCCGGGUGUUGGGCUGCACAGUGAAGGAAGUUAGUCUCCGGGGCAGGAGGAAGGGCCCCCCACCUGACCCCUCAGCGUGGUCUCUGGAUCCCGCGGACGAGUGACCUUGGACUUGGGAAGAACGGUGUCACAUGCUGCAGCUAUUCGCACAUGGUUUUCAGACCACUCUCUGCACGGAGCAGUGUCUGCGUGCUUUUUUUUGGAACGGUCCAUCUCAGGAGAGAGGGAGGCCUCCCCACGCCACCGGAUAAAGUAGACAGUUGCAAUACUUCGCUGCCUCAAGUUGAUGUUCUUUUUAUUUUUAAAAUAAAGUACUUUAAAGUGCAUGAGAA